AUGGAGGAGAUGGAGUUUUUGAUGCAAAAUCAAAGUUCCAUGCGUGUCGUUGAGAUUGGCCGUGUUGUCAUGAUCAACUAUGGUCCCGAUGCCGGCAAGCUCGCCGUCGUUGUCGAUAUCAUUGACCACAACCGUGCUCUCAUUGAGGGCCCCACCACCGGUAUUGCCCGUACCGGUUACGCUUUCCGCCGCUUGACCUUGACUCCCCUUGUUGUCAAGGUUCCCCGUGGUGCCGGACAGGCUGUCCUCAAGGCUGCCAUCGAGAAGCAGGACCUUGCUGGCUCCUGGGCCAAGACCUCCUGGGCCAAGAAGAUCGCUUCCCGUGCCCAGCGUGCCUCCAACACCGACUUUGACCGCUUCAAGCUCCAGAAGUACAAGAAGCUCCGUCGCGAGAUCGUCAACAAGGCUGUCAAGGCCACCAAGGCUUAA